ACCGGGGGCAGAGCCGAGGCCUAGGUGCGUGUGUGUUCAGGCUUGCUGGGCAGCAGAAGGGCAGUGAAUGGGUGAUGCCGGUGCAGGGCAGUGGGGCCAUGGAUGUGGGCACCGGUGUGGAACUACGUGUCACAGGAACAAAAGAAAAUUGGUGAGGGGAGGAAGGUGUGACUGAUUUCAGAGCACUCCGAGCCAAAUUUCAGCAUGACUCCAGCAUUGCCACCAAGCCAGUACAGCUCUGCCAGAAGCCUUCCCCCAGAUUGGGCUCUGGAGGCAGCGGUGUGCCCAGGCCCAUGCCAAACAGUAAGGCAGAUGUUCUGGUACCCGGAUCCCACAGUGCCCAGAGGGCCAAGAUGGGUCACACAGAGCCAAUGGAGCACAAUGAAGAGCACAAAGGAAAUGUCUCAGUGAAGGGGCUGAGCUCUCCCAAAAGCAGUUCACCAAAGCAGCCAGUGUCCUAUUGCACCGAGCAGCAAGCAUCAGUCCAAGCAGACCCUGAGGAUGCUCCACUCCUGAACUCUUUCCACCAUGCACUACAGAUGUGGCAAAACACUUUAUCUGGUGGUGAGAAAGCAAGUACUGAUCUGCCAGCCCGGCGGGCAAUGAACCUCUAUGUGCAGCCCAGCCCAGGGCAGAGGGUGCUGCGUGCUCCUGCCACAUCAAAUGGCAGCAAGGUGCCUCCAGUUGGCAGCCAUCCUGAACCAGCACGACCUGCCCAAGGGCUGACUUCUGCCCAAGCUACCCAGGGAGAUGAGAAAGGUGCUGGGAGUUCUGCGGCAACCACGUUGCAACCUCAAUGCCAGAAAGCAGAGUCAAAGCCUCCCCUUUGUCAGCCAGGAGCAGGGACACAGUUGGGCAACAAACCACCCAAGAUAAGACCUCUUCCUUCAGCUGCAUCCCUGGGUCCUGCCCCUCGGAAGCCCUUGAGACCCCCGAAGGUUGAUCUCAGCUCCUUCAGAAGCACGGUACCUUCAGUUCACAGACAAAAUGAAACAACUGCUGAGGAAGAGGAUUACCUGAUCCCCGAAAGCACUCAAUGUGAAGAGCAGCAUAAUUACGAAAAAACCCUGAUGUACCUGAAUCAGUCUGAGGACACCACAACCUUGCGUGUCAUUGAAGUACCUAAGGUAGAACCUCAAGAACACAAGAAACAGAAGAGUUUUCUCUUUGGUGAAUCCAGUCCCGGCAGAGCUAUAAUAGAGGAUGAAAAAGAAGGAAAAACGAGUCUUGAAAGAGAGAAACUGGAAGUAAAGAAGCCAGGUGGAAAUGAAUACAUAAUUCUCAGUGGUCAAGCCAGGGAAGAUGACAGAGGUGGGAUGAAGGUGUCGCAUAUGAGGCAGGAUGUGACCAGUACCCCCCAAAGGCUGGCAAAAGACAGAGCAAAACCCUUGUACUAUGGUGCUCCCAAACCAACUGAAGACAGACCAACCUCGAGCCCGAACCAUCAUCAGCUCCUGUUGACCCCAGACAAUGUGUAUGAUGAUGUUGAGGGACUUCAAGACAGACUCAGCCGUGCAUCAGAUGCCUCGAGUCCAUCUGCUUCAGACAUCAGAAGCAACUAUGAAGAAACAUAUGAAGAUGUUGAGACUGGGAGUGAUAAUCCAGCAAAAGAGGAAGCAGAAAAACAAAAGAGAUUUGGAAAGCUGUUUAAGAUAGAAAAAUUGAAACUAAAAAAUACCAGGUUCAAGGAAAACUUAAGGUUGUUUUCCAUGUCGGUGCCAAAUUUAGCGGAUGUCUCCCAGGAGGACAUGGUGUAUGACGACGCUGAGACAGAGCAGAAAGACCCCAGAGAGAAAGAUGACAAGCACAAAACGUGGAUGCCAAAAUUCCUGAUGGCGAAAGAAGCGAAGGACCGACGGAAAAGCAGUGACGAUGUUGAAAGAAGUAUCUUUAAAGUCAAGAAGAGCAAUGCAGAAAAAAAUAAGAUGGAAAAAGAAGAGAAGAUAUUUAGAGAAACAUUUCUGUAUGACAAGGAGAUCAGAGUCAUCAACACAGCAACCGCUGCAUGCUCCAUCCCCAGCAAGAGGAGAGCCGACCUCCCGCUCACAGCUGGAGAACAGCUGGAUGUGAUCGAUGUCACCGAGGGCAGCGCAGUGAUAUGCCGCAAUUCAGAGGGCAGAUAUGGGUAUGUCCUAGUGGAGUACUUGAACUUCAGGCAGUACUGACCGCCCCGGAGCAUCCCCAACGUGCUGUUCUGAGCCUGGGAAGAGCCUGUGUUUGUCAAUGUGGGGAGCUGAUGCCUAUGUAAAUAAAGCUUUAUUUUUUACACUUA